GUAAUUUAAAUUGUUUGUUUCCUCCUCCCCCCCCUUUUUACUUAUCUUUUUUUCCAUUUUCAAAUUUGGCAAAAAAGGUUGACCCAUAUUUUUACGUUCCCUAUAUAUAUACAUAUUUGCGCCUAUGCGCCCGCGCCUGCGCGUAUGCAGAUGUUUAUGUAUUUUUCUCUCGCACAGGGGAAAAAAAGGGGAAGGGGAGCUGUGCGGAAGCUCAUUUGGGGGGAGAACGCCCUCGGGUGAGAAAUGCGCUUUGGCGAGGAGAAGCGUGAAAAAAGCGUGAAAAGAGCGUGAAAAACGAGCGUAAAAGGAGCGUAAAGCGAGCGAAACGCGCGAGAAUCGCCUGGAAAGCCGUUUAGUGGGCGCCUCCGAUUGUCAAAAAGAUGCCGAUUUAUUUACGUGCCUCCUUUUCAAAAGUCCCGUCAGUGAGCCUUUUUUUUACUUUUUCUUUUCAUGCGUUAAAGCCUUUGCGCGGAAACAGUUUGUUGCCCCAAUGCGCGGUUUUUAAAGGGAUGGAGCUCAGCUUGUCAUAAUGAAAGUAGUGCGCAUAAUUAGGAAGAGUUUUUUUUGCAGCCUUUUUGUUUCUUCCCCGUUUGUGUUUUCCCAAGUGAGAACCGUGUAAGCGUGUUUGCUGCUUACCUGGGAGAGGCGGCUUAAUAAGGCGGCUUGAAUAGUCGGCGUGAAGCGACGAGCGCAGUCGUCUAGGCCGCGUAAACAUGCGGAAAAGUGAAAAGGCAAGAGAAAAAAGUUAGCAAGAAAACAGUUAGCGAGAAAACGUAACCGAGCGGUGGAAUAGCCAGUCGAAGGAAGCGCAACCGGCGGAAAGCAGACAAAAUGAACGACUUCAGCGAGGAAUACGAUUUUAUGCAAAGAAUACAUAAAGUCGAUGGGCACGGGAAAAAUGACUACGGAUUGAAGGAGACGAUUAAGAAGAAAGACGAUGAGGGGCAUUUUGGGAGGGAUAAAUUGGAAAAAGAUUUUUAUUUAAAAAGUAAGUAUGACAAGUACAGUAGCACGCUGAGCGGUUUCGAGAAGGAUGAUAAAUUUUUAUACAUGAAGAGAUUAAAAAAUGAAAACGAGAAGGAUAUGAAGAAGCGAGAGACCACAUCUAACCGAAGCAGCAUUAACGAGCUGGCCAAGGUUAACGAAGUGGUGUAUUACAUCCACGCAAACAAAAAGAAUGUGUAUGAAUAUAUAACUAACCAAACGGAUUUAGAGAACACGUAUUAUCAGAUAGAGGAGAAGCCGCGUAACUUGUCAGGAAGUAUGGUGAAAGAAAAUGAAGAGUACGUCUAUCUGAACGAUAACGCGUAUUACAAAUUUAAGAUAAAGAAGGAUGAGAAGGAGGAUGGGGAAGGGGAGGAGAAAGGCAACGGCGGAGGGAAUCAAAAAAUAAAGUACACGUUAGACGCAAAUAAAAGUGUCAUCAUUGAAAAUAUGAUUGAGUCAGACAAUAUGUUGAUACAUUUGUGUAAUACUUUUUUUUCCGUUAAAGAUUGGGUGAAAAGUGUCUUCAUGUUUUUAAGUAAAAUUUUUCACUUUAACAUUUUGGACUACACGUACAUAAAGAAUUACUCGUUGACGAAUUAUUUUGAUAGGAACGUGAAGGACUAUAUGAAGUACUUAAAGAAGCACGAAGACCAAAGAAUGAUCAAUCACGAUUUUCUCGCGAGGAGGAAAUAUAUAGCCCCGUAUUUUGUGUACAAUUGCGUUGACUGCAAUUAUAAUACGAACGACAACGGGAUUAUCAUUUUGUCGUCGAUCCUUCCGUUCAUUCAUAGAUUUGAUUACGACUACAAGUUGAGGCGCUACAACGGGCGGCAACACAAGUGAGUACACGGAGUUUUUAAAAAAGUUCGAAAAUAGCAUAAACGAGGAGGGGGAGUUAAUUCAAGAUAUUCUAUUCUCUGGGAAGGCACAAAUGAUAUUCAUCAAUUUUAAGCAAAUAGAAAACAACUUCAACAACGUGGUGGGUAAUGUCGAAAUGAAAAGCGAGAGAGUACAAGUGAGCAACUUAAUUUUGGGCUACGAAAAAAGGGAGCAUAUAAAAUACACAGACAUAUUAAUUUCAAACAUUUUAAAAAAUAUAAAAAAGAAGUACCCAGAUAUGGUUAUCAAUGAUGAAAAUCCGAGGCAGUUCAUUUAUGAAGAAAAUGAAAAUUCAGAGAAAUAUGUUCGAGAGGGUGAGCAGACAUUUCCUCAUGAUUAUUACUCCCCGUUGGGCAGUAAGGAUGAUGAGGCUACCACAUCCGAUAGUGUAGACAUGCAUAGGAAGAAGGAACACUACAUGCUGUCCGAUUUGAAGGAGUAUGUGUACAAUGCCCCGUCCCAUUUGAUGAAAGAUAGAAGGAACAACUGCGAGUAUGUGACGUGUGUGUGCUUUGAUAACAAUUCGAAUAACUGCAAUUUGAUUAACAAUUUCGUUCUGGGUUACAACACAGGGAAGGUGGAAUACAUUUACGGGAAAAUCGUCUACAGCAAUAUUAGCCACUGCGAUUUGUUGAUAGAUUACUACUCGAAGAAGAAUAAAAAAUUUUCGUACGAACUGAGCAAGCGGAUUUUUCUAAACGGCGCGGUGAUAAAAGUUGCGUUCGCGCCGAACGGUUUUUUUUGUCUAGUGUUAACAAGUAAAACGUUAUACAUUUGCAACUUUUUUUACUUCUCUUUGUAUGAAAUUACGAAUGUUUGUUUUAACUCCCAGUUUGUGAAUUUUCUGUGGAUUAAUAAUAAUUGCUAUUCCGUUUUCACCGAUAAUGGGAAUGUGUAUUUGUAUGAGAAGAGCCUGAAGAAUGAUGGGCUGAACAGCUUUUCGCUGGUCAAAACGUUUUGCGUGGAGCAGGCCAUUUACUUUAACUCCAUUUGUGAGUAUCACCUGUAUAGCAACUGCAUUUACCUGUACACGGGCGAAAUAGAGAAAAGGAGGAGGAGGAAAAAUGGCAGCCACCAUCUGUUCAAGAAGAAGAAGAAGAAGAAGAGGAACAAACACAUGAGUGAUUACUUUUACAAAUACGACUGCAAUUUUGUCAUCAUCGAUUUGAAUGCAGAUGUGUGUAGAGGUGGUGGAAGUGGCGGAGAAGGAGGGAUGAGCGCAGGAGGGAGUGAAGAUGCCUUGGUCGGCGGAGUGAACCUGCUGAAGGACAACAUGUCAGAUGUGGAAAACAAUAUGAAGCAAAUAAAAAUACUGGAAAGACUGAUAGAGAAUGGGAACAACUUGGAUGAGGAGGAUGUAAAUCUGGAAAGUAUGCUGCACAUUAACAUAAAAGAUUUCAACAACUACAUUUCGACCAUCAAGGAUGGGAGUAGCCAGUUGUAUUCUGGCGAAAGUGGAGAGGAAGCCCACAUGAUGGGGAGAGACAACUCCAAGGGGGAGUUCUCCAUGAAGAAGCUGCUAAUCAAUUACAUAAAGGAUGUGAAGAAGCAUCUGUACAAUUUGAAGGAUGAAAAUAUUAUUAACGUUUUGUUGCCCAGGUACUACAGCGCAGGGGAUGAUUAUAGUCACCGGAAUUUUCUGAACAUUCGAUUUUUUACCAUCGAAAAGUCGGACAAUAAGCAUUUGAUAGCGUUGGAUACGGAGACGGAUUACGUGUACGUUUACAAGAUCAGGAAGAAUGUGUAUCUAGACGAUGAGGCGCUGGAAAUGUUAAAGAAUAACCCGUAUGGGAUGCAUAGUAACCCGCUGCACAUGUUUUACGCGAACUACCUGAAGAGGGAGUCGGCCCUAAAGGAGGAGUGGAAGAUCUACAACGAUUACAUUUAUGUGAACACGAAGAAGAUGAAGAAGUACAUCAAGUACAAUUUGCUCUACAUAAUUAAGAAUCACAAGAAAAUGUUCUUUCCCCUGCAUGUGUAUGUGAUAAACACCAAGUUUAACGAGACCGAGUAUUUUUUGUUCAUCAAAUGGGCAACUAUCAAGAACACGUUUGUCUACGCCUCGUAUAGCUCUCUCAAUAGGGUGACCAAGAUGAAGGAAUACUUCCGGAAGGACGACGAAAGGUUGCUUAAGGUGUUGGAAAAUCCGAAAAAUAUAUUUCUAUACAACAUUAAUGAUAAUAGCGGUGAUUUGCCCUACCUGCCUAGGGUGAAUGGCUUUGGAUUGCCGCAUCCCCUGGGGCCGAGGGGCAAAUUCAUGGGCAAGGAGCACCUGGGGGAGCAUAUCAGCCAUGUAAAUGGGCCGAUUGGUAUGAACAACCAUUUGCUGCAUAGUAAGGGAAGGAUGCAUGAGUAUAGGGACCACAUGGGGAACCCUGUCAAGGGGGUUAACCCGUAUAUGGGCCAUAAUGACGACUAUUUGAAUAAGACCCCUGUGAAAAAUGCGGGAAGAAGCUUUUACACCUCCCCCAUUGAUCACCUGAAUGGGAAUAUGCCCUACCAGUUUAAGGGGCCCCCCAAGUAUAGCGAUAACGACAUGUACACGGAUUAUUACAUGAACAGCGCGGUGAAGGACCCCGAUUAUGGAAAUUUCCCCAACUACGGUGGUGACUACCUAAAUGAGAGCAGCAAAAAGCAGAACGAGUCCGACAAGAAGUGGUCCUACUUGAAGAAAAUAAACAUUUUUAACAAAAAGGACGACGAUUUGAAUGACAGCAGUUAUGCGAACACGAGGCAUACGUACAAUCACCAUGCGGAUGCGAAGCACAUGCAGCAGCGUGCAGGUGGGCAUAUGUUCCACUUCGACAAUGAUGAACCCAUUUUAGGCGAUAUGAAGAACCCGAAUUUUUAUUCCUCGCCUGAACGGUUCAGGUAUAACAGAUUACAUGAGCCAGCGGAUAGCUCCAAGUUAAUGAGUGACGACCACGCGAAUGUGAGCGACUUUUACUACACGCAUAAUGCUAAUCGGUACCACUCCAACGCCAUGGGCGGGGGGAGCUACGACCCAUAUGUGGUAAAGAAUGAUGUGUAUAAUUACCGAAAUGUGAAUAUGGAGCUAAACAGCAACAGCGCUACACAUAACCCGUAUGCCCAUGGUGAUAUUCAUCGAGGACCCAACGACGGGAGUCACUUCGCCAGUGACGUUGACAAUAGCAAGUCGGCGAGCGGCAAACGGGGGAACUCUUACAACAGGGAUGUUAACGAUGUGAAUCCCAUGUACAGUGACGGCGAUUAUAGAAAUAGGUAUAAGAACUUUAGCUCGAAUGAUAGCUAUUCUGGCAAUAUGCGGAAGUAUAUGUGA